GGCAGGGAGGGCUGGGGCGGGGCGGCGGGCGCUGGGGACUCUGCCCGGCCAGGGCGGCGUCCCCGCCUGGAGGGCGACGUGGAGCGGCCACGUGGAGCCGGGAGCCGGGCGGGGGAGCUGGGCGGCGGAGCCCAGGCGGGAGCGAGGACCCGCGGCCCGGCCGCUGCAGUUCCAGUUCCAGGAAGGAUGUUUCCUUGGACCGUGAGGAUACUGGUGCUGCUGCUGCCACUGAGCCAGGCUGCUCCCAAGGAUGGAGCCAUAAGGUUGGAUCCCGAAGUGCCCAACCCCUUCCAGCAGCGGGGCCCGGAGCAGCUACGGUUCCUGCAGAGCUACCUGAAGAAGCUGGACAGGAUGGAGCAGGAGCCUGAGAGCCUGAGCUGGGAGCAGGUCCUCCUCUGCAUGAUUGCCCUGUACGACUACGACCAGAACGGCCAGCUGGACGGCCUGGAGCUGAUGGCCAUGAUGCCCGUGGUACUGGCCCAGGGGGCCGCUGCCUCACACACUGCCAACCCGGUGGUCCUGGCGGUGGACAAGGUGCUGGAGACCCAGGACCUGGAUGGGGAUGGACUGGUGACCCCCACCGAGCUCAUCAGCCUCCCAGGACAGGCCCCAAGGAACACCGAGCCCAGAGAGCUGCCAGAGCCGCACGGUGUUGGGGGACAGGCCCCACUAGCUGAAGCACAGGAAGCCCCAAAUCCCCAAGAACAAGCAGGGGCACAGGUGGGGGCUGGAAGGGAGUUCUUGGAACCUUUACAGGAGGCCCAGGGCCAGAGGGAGGCUGGAGAAGCCCCCAGCCUGGCUGGGGAGUCCUGGGUCCAGGCAGAGGCUCUGAAUGUGAGGGAGGAGGCAGGUCCUCCGGGGGGCACUCUGGACGCCAUGCCCAGCCCACAGGAGCUGGAGGUUCAUGCCAUCCAGGUGGAGAAUGACGAGAUGUAGCGUGAGCCGCACUCUGCAGGGCGGGCCGGCCCUUGGGGACCCUCUCUCUCCCCUCCCGACCCCGUGGCCGGUCUUUCUGUCCAGCUCAGGGAGACUCAAUGUGGAGGGGCAGCCUUGGGCCCCACAAGCAAUAAAGAAGCCCUGCACUGGCCUGCCUGA